AAAUUAUAUUACAGCAGCAGUGGUUAUGGGUUUUUUGACGAUAGCUGAAGGUUUACUCCAACAAACAAGCGGUUUAAAUGUUUAAUUAUUAACCUGCUAUCGAGCGGCUAACUGUAAAACGGUAUCAACCGAGAACAGCUGAUAAUGGAAAAGUGAGCUUCAGCGGUUUGAACUUCCCUCUCGGUGGUAAAUUAGGGAUUAAUGCAGCAUGUGACCACUGGCUCUAUCACAUGCUUUCUCCCUCCAGACGCUAGCUUUAGCUUUCUGGCUGUAGCUUGCUGUCAAACUGGGCUUCUUCGCUACCUCACACCGGUAUGGACUGAUAUACAUCAUCAUAAGCACCUGUCCCUGAAGAUGGAUGAGGCACAGCUGACGGUCAACAAUGAGUUGUCAUAUGAGGUGCAGGUGUCUUGGAAGUCACAGCGCUGCUACCAGUGUUUGUACCAGCAGCUAGGGGUGGUACCUGCAGGGCUUGACCCUGGUCAGCCCAGUUCAGUAAACUUUGUUGUAAGCACACAGCAUGAAAUAACACUGCAGAUCAACAGCACACCUAUCGAGCUGGAGCUCUGCAAAAUUCCUUUCCACUUUGGCGAGCAUGGUAACUACUCUCUGUGGGUGAAAACCCUGAACGCAUCUUUUGGAGUCAACUGCUCUGUGGUUACUGAUAAGGACCCUGUGAAUAGCUACAUACCGAUCUUGGUUGCUUUUCUCAUCUAUGCUCUCCUGGCCUUGGUGUUUGCCAUUGGAAAAAAGGUUUGGGGGCUUGAUGCAGUAAGAGGUCUGGUCCUCCGACUUGGGAGUUCCAUGGAAACAGAGAGACUCAUCAAUUCUGAACUGGGCCCCACUCGGGUAGUGCCGCCAGUCACUGAUAACAUCCUCCCUCCCCCGCUAACGAGCAGCAAGAGGCUUCGAUCUUUGGAUACAUUCAGAGGUAUCUCCUUGGUCAUUAUGGUGUUUGUGAACUAUGGAGGGGGGCGAUACUGGUUCUUCAGACAUGAAAGCUGGAAUGGCCUUACUGUUGCUGACCUAGUCUUCCCUUGGUUUGUGUUCAUAAUGGGCACAUCCAUCGCACUCUCCAUUAAUGCCUUGCUGCGUGCAGGCGCGACCCGUUGCUCAUUGCUCAGAAAAGCUGUGUGGCGGAGCUUGCAGCUCUUCAUCAUUGGUGUCCUAGUCAUCAACCCAAACUACUGCCAGGGAGCGUUGGCUUGGGAAAACCUGCGGAUCCCGGGUGUGUUGCAGCGCCUCGCCUGGUCAUAUCUGGUCGUAGCUUGCUUGGAUUUACUGGUGGCCAGAGGACAACUUGACGUCCUCACACUGGAUGCGUGGUGGUCCCCAGCUAUUGAUUUCUUGCUGUAUUGGCCAGCCUGGCUGUGUGUGAUUCUUCUAGAAGUACUCUGGCUCUUCCUCACAUUUCAACUUCCUGUGCCAGACUGCCCAACAGGUUAUCUGGGUCCAGGUGGGAUUGGGGACAUGGGGCUGUAUUUGAACUGCACCGGUGGAGCUGCUGGUUUCAUUGACCGCUUGCUUCUGGGAGAAAAGCACAUGUACCAGAAUCCAUCAUCAAGGGUGAUUUAUGCAACUCGUAUACCGUAUGAUCCAGAAGGUGUUCUUGGCAGCAUCAACUCUAUCCUCAUGGCCUUUCUGGGAUUACAGGUUUGUAAUUUAUAUUUGUCUGGUGUUGGCCUCCUUUUGUUUCUUGUUUAUUCAAAUAAAGAUAUAAAACUGUUGGAAAGGUUAAAGGAAGUAAAUGGUUGGCUUUCAUUCUUUUUGUAUUUUAAUUGUCCUCAGGCAGGGAAAAUAAUCUUGCACUACAGAGAACGCCCCAAAAGUAUUAUGUCGAGGUUCCUCAUAUGGGGUCUUUUACUGGGUGUCGUAUCAGCAUUUCUAACCAAAUGUUCCACAGACCAGGGUUUCAUUCCUGUCAACAAAAACUUGUGGUCUCUGUCUUACGUGACAACACUGGCCUGCUUUGCCUUUGUGCUCCUAAUGCUGAUCUACUACAUAGUGGAUGUAAAUAAGUGGUGGUCAGGGGCACCUUUCUACUAUCCUGGUAUGAACUCCAUACUUGUGUACGUAGGCCACGAAGUGUUUGAAGACUACUUUCCCUUCCGCUGGCGCAUGUCCAACAGCCAAUCCCAUGCUGAGCAUCUCAUUCAGAACCUUGUGGCCACUUCCUGUUGGGUCAUCAUCUCCUAUUUGCUUUACAAAAAGAAGAUUUUCUGGAAAAUUUAAACACAGGACAGCAAAAGCACAGGACAUUGUUUACAUCAUAGAUGCUGGAGACACAACAAGAAUGCAUUUGGUUGGACACAGAAUGCAGAUUAAUUAUGUCAAGGUUAUAUUAUAAUUAUAUGAAUCUCUGUCUCUGAUCAUGUAUGGGGUUUCUUUCAUCACAUAGCUAUUCUGUUAGGUUAUUUACCCUUUCUUUCUUUUUACAUUUUUUUAAAAAUUUCUGUUAUGACCUUAUGGCACCAUAAACUAGGGCUGUUCGAUAUAACGAUAUAUAUCGAUUGACGAUAUAAAAACGUCUAUCGUUUCAUUUUA